GAAUGUUUGUAUACCUUAUGGAUUUCUUCCUUGUAAUAUGAUCUAAUACAUUCAUCUAAACAAAGGAACGCUGGUGUAAACAACUUUAAAACAGAACAAAAAGACAUCAAAAUCUUCCUCAUUUCUACUGUUCAAAAGGAAAUUUCAACAAGAGCGUUCGUCAUGGAUUAUUCACUUAGUUUAAUGAGCUAUAUUUUAAUAAUUCACUUAAAAGGAAUAGUAUCAACCACAACAACAAGGGAAUGGGCAACAGAUAUUACAGCUGUGCCUGCUACAAUGACUAACUCAACGACUUACUCAACUGCAAAUUCUACCUCUUAUUCAACUGCUAAUACAACCUCGUAUUCAACUGCUGAUUCAACGGCUUAUUCAACUGCUAAUUCAACCUCGUAUUCAAUUGCUGAUUCAACGGCUUAUUCAACUGCUAAUUCAACGACAUAUUCGACAUCUACUUCAACGGAAUAUCCAAAUGCAACAACACCUGAAGAUCCUGAUUACACUAUAGUAUAUAUUGCAAUGCCAGCAUCAAUCUUAGCCGUGGUAGAACUAGUGAUUUUAAUAUUUCUAAUAAUCAGAUGUUAUCGGGCGAUUGGUGCAAACAACGACCAUGUUAAACUGCAGGAGCAUGAUAACGACGACGGUUUGGAAAACCAAUUAUUUGCAGUUGUUAACAGAGCCUACACUGGCUUCGUUCCUAGAGAGUGGAAUUCUUCUGACGAUAAAACACACAGGCCAAUAUCACAAAAAAGAAGAAGUAAUGAUGCUGCCACAACUGAAACUAAGAUACUUCAACGACGAGAUCCAGGUUAUAUAGAUAUUGACAUAAAAAUUGAUAUGUCAACAGACGAAGAUGAGGUUUCUCAACACAUAAAAGGUAAUGAAAAGGGAUUCGUUAAUAAAGCGUAUUCGGAUGUUGAAGGAAAAUCACGUUUUUUGCCUUCGGCUGACCGCUCUACGUGCAGUGAUAUUCAGCAUACGUAUGACAAAAGUGCAUACAACAAAGACACAAAGCACGGCAGCGCUACUCAAGUAAUAACGAACAACACUGAUACCGAUGGUGACACAGAAUACGACCAUGCAGUAAAUAGAAAUAGGAGAAGUUAUCAAACGUUUGAAAGCAACAGAACGUAUUCUCGGUUAGGUAGCGUUGUGCCAAGACAUAAUCCGUUUUUACGACUCAUGGAAGAGACAACCAGUAUUACUGAUAAACAGUAUGAAGGUAAUAGAGUACCGGAAACUGGAAAAGCUCCGGAAGAGACUUCGAAUGGAAGUAGUAAAGAAGAAACUGCAAGCAGAGAUCUAAAGUUAGCAGAAAACCAGAGUCCCACGAGAGAUGUAAACCGAAGUCGACAAUAUAACUACAGCAAAGUAAACAAAAUAAGAAAAAGUGAGAAAGACUUACCAAAACCGAGCAAAGAACACGCUGGCAAGAGUAAAGAAGAAACAGAUACAAAACCAAUAAGCAUACAUUCGGAGGAGUGUUGUGAACACAAGUCUCAAAAUAGUGAAAGUUUUGAUUGCAGAAGUGGCUCCAAACACAGCAAUGUAAAGAAAGGAAGUAAAUGUGCAAGCAAAGAACUUAAGUCGGACAUUGACCAAUCAGACAAUCCGGCCGUACAAAAAGAGGUUGAAAGUACGUCUGGUAGAAGGAAACCGGAUAGAAAAUAUGAACAUUCACAAGUAAUAAAGAAAACAGGAAAUACAGAAAAUGUUGCCACGGUGGACAAAAAAGGAUCUGGUCAUGAUCCCAAAAACAAAAUGUCUUUUAUUGUCUCCGAAGAAGACGGCUUUGACGAUCUAAAAAAGAACAAAAAGCAUGAAUAUAUUAAUAUCAAAAAACAAAAUACUACUUAAAUUUGCAACCUUACUAGUUGUACUUCUGUAUUAAAUCAUUUGUACGACAUACUUAUCAUUUUUUUGAGAAAAUGACGGAAUUACUCAUCCAUCAAUAGUUUGAUAAUAACGUAUGCGCAUUAUUGCUUUGCCUUAUGCCUUAUGCCUAAUACACUAAUAUUCGCAACAUAGAAAGUUUAAGUGUAUCCUUCUAUGCACCUUAAAGGCCUAACAAUCUUUUUUUAGAAUACAUGCUUCGAAACACAUUAAACAUAUUUAACUUUUCA